AAUUUCAUUUCACCCUUUCUCUUUUAAUAUAAAUACAUUUUCCCUUAUCUUUUUCCAAAUUUUUUGCUCUUCUAGAGAGAGAAACUCUUACGAUUAGAGGAGAAAAGGAGAGAAAAUAAGAUUUUAUUAUUCACGGCUUGUAAUCUUAUUCAAUGGAGCCUAAUCACUGGCAUAAUUCCUCUCCUUUCAUGUUAUGAUCUUUUAACUGAUAGAUCGAAAGAAUGCCGUCUUACGCGGAUCUAGAUCGGCAGAUCGAGCAGUUGAUGGAAUGUAAGCCAUUAUUGGAAGGUGAAGUGAAGACGCUUUGCGAUCAAGCACGAGCGGUUUUGGUUGAGGAAUGGAAUGUGCAACCCGUGAAAUGUCCGGUUACGGUUUGCGGUGAUAUCCAUGGACAAUUUUACGAUCUUAUUGAGCUUUUUCGCAUCGGUGGAAAUGCUCCUGAUACUAAUUAUCUUUUCAUGGGAGAUUAUGUAGAUCGUGGAUACUACUCAGUAGAGACUGUAACUCUGCUGGUGGCUUUGAAGGUUCGUUACAGGGAUAGAAUUACGAUCCUUAGAGGAAAUCAUGAGAGUCGGCAAAUUACUCAAGUGUAUGGUUUCUAUGACGAAUGUUUAAGGAAGUAUGGAAAUGCAAAUGUCUGGAAGCAUUUUACUGAUCUUUUUGAUUAUCUUCCUCUUACAGCUCUUAUUGAGAGUCAGGUCUUCUGUUUGCAUGGAGGCCUUUCACCAUCUUUGGACACGUUGGAUAACAUCCGAGCCUUGGAUCGUAUACAGGAGGUUCCUCAUGAAGGGCCUAUGUGUGAUCUGUUGUGGUCUGAUCCUGAUGAUCGGUGUGGUUGGGGAAUUUCUCCUCGUGGAGCUGGCUACACUUUUGGGCAGGAUAUCGCAGCUCAUUUCAACCACACCAAUGGUCUUAGUCUUAUUUCUAGAGCGCACCAGCUUGUGAUGGAAGGUUAUAAUUGGUGUCAGGAGAAAAAUGUAGUGACAGUUUUUAGUGCUCCAAACUACUGCUACCGUUGUGGAAACAUGGCUGCAAUUCUUGAGAUUGGAGAGCACAUGGAACAAAACUUCCUCCAGUUCGACCCUGCCCCUCGGCAGAUUGAGCCCGACACCACACGCAAAACCCCAGAUUAUUUUUUGUGAUUUCAAUAGCUCAACAGGCUGUUGUACAACCUUUUAUCCUCAUGUUGCUGUAGAUUUAUUCGAAAGAGAGGAUUUUGGGUGGUUUGAGAAUCAGUGGCAGCGUCAUUUUUGCUUUGGAGUGGUCAUUCUUUACUGCUGUCAUUGCUCAAAUUAACCACGGGAUUGAUGAGGUUCCAGUAGUUUAUUGUAUAUUUUCAGCAGGAAAGCAUGUAGCAGCAGCGAAUAGUACAAAUGAUAUAAUUUUAUGAAAUCAAGUCAGAAGGCAGGGUUUCAGUAGUGUUGGCGUCAUGUUUUGCUGACUCCUCAAGGGCGACUAGAAUGUGGGUUUCUAUAGACAUAGCUGAACAUGAGGACCUUGCUGCUCAUGCAGUCCGCAGUAAUUUUUUUUUAAUGUUUUGAUUAUUCAGUAUACCUCAUAAUGGCUUGUUCAUUUCACCAUGAAGAGUACUUUUAAGUAUAUUAGCUGUUAUGAGAUUAUGCUCGAUAAGUAUUGUUGACUUUAGCUCAGCUAAUGAAAUUUCUUUCAGCAUUGUAAUUUUA